AUGCCGCUUGAUAGACCAAAGAGACGAGAAAGGUCUGCUUCACAAUUAAAUAAUAUACUACCGCUUCCGAUUGAACUACGAGAUGGUGAGACCAUUGAAUCACACACCAAGAACCAUAUUAGUCACAUUACAGAUGUUAAAAUAGGAGACCACCAUCUUGUUACAGGUCAGGGGGCAUGGGCUUUUAGGGGUAAACUGUAUGUUGUGUGGCAGAUUAAGAUCACAAUCAACGAUUUGAGUUACUCAACUGUUACCAUAUACAAACGAUAUAGAGAGAUUUUGCAAUUGUGGGCAGACUUAGAAGAAUAUUAUAGUGAGGAUAAGGAAAUAGUUAUACCGCAGCCACCACCGAAAGAUGUAAUUAGUGUUGACCGGGUAUUGAUGAGCAAUAGUUGGCUUGAGGAGAGAAGAAAAAGUAUUCAAUGGUUCUUGAGUAGUGUGUUAUUGAACCCAGUGAUGCAGAAAAGUCCCGUUGUCAAGCAAUUUGUACUAAGCUGA